UGUUUAUGAUAAACAGUGGUUUGUGAUUCGGCGACGCAAAAUUCAACAAUUGUACUAGCAAAGCAAUCAAGUAAGGAUUAAGUGAAAUAGUUGUGGGGACCGCAAUGACCGCUCAAUCAGGGAACAACAGCAAUGCUGCGCCAGGAGCGACCGGUGCCGGGGCAAGCGGUACUUCGGUGAGAAUUCCUGCUGAUCCUACACCGGCAGUUCGAAUUGGAUCCGAAGCCGAAUCGAUAGGAUGCGUGGAGGUGAUGGCGACGGUCUGUUCGACCAUUCUGAUGUUCCUGACGCUGCCCAUCUCUAUCUUCCUCUGCUUCAAGGUGGUCCAGGAGUACGAACGAGCGGUCAUCUUCCGGCUGGGUCGUUUGAGAUCCGGCGGUGCCCGCGGUCCCGGUGUGUUCUUUGUGCUGCCCUGUAUUGACAACUACUGCAAGGUGGACCUGCGUACGGUCUCGUUUGACGUGCCGCCGCAGGAGGUUCUGACGCGUGACUCCGUAACCGUAUCGGUGGAUGCCGUUGUCUACUAUCGCAUCCGUGAUCCGCUGAACGCCGUCGUCCAGGUUGCCAACUAUAGUCACUCGACCCGUCUGCUGGCCGCUACCACGCUGCGCAAUGUGCUCGGUACCAGAAACCUGUCGGAGCUGCUGUCCGAACGUGAAACCAUUUCCCACUCGAUGCAGGUUACGCUGGAUGAAGCCACCGAUCCGUGGGGCGUUCAAGUUGAGCGAGUGGAAAUUAAGGACGUCUCGCUGCCGGAAUCGCUGCAACGGUCGAUGGCCGCGGAAGCGGAAGCCGCUCGUGAAGCCCGCGCUAAGGUCAUCGCCGCCGAGGGUGAGAUGAAGUCGUCCCGUGCACUGAAGGAAGCUUCCGACAUAAUGUGCGAGAGUCCGGCCGCGCUGCAGCUGCGCUACCUGCAAACGCUCAGCAGUAUCGCCGGUGAAAAGAACUCCACCAUCAUCUUCCCACUGCCAAUCGAGCUGAUCGGACCGCUGAUGAAUAUGACCUCCAGCUGUAUGCCGGCGCGACCGCAAAGCCCACCGCCGGUUGCUCCGGUUGAAUAGCACUGCCAGCUGGAUUGUAGAAUGUUCCGUAUCAAUUCCAUCUAGCUUGCUAAGCUGGCAGGGGAAAUGGAUGGGUCCUCGGAUGGAUGGUACGUUAUGGUAUGGUAUGGUAUGGUAGUUGUUCAGAGUUAGUUCGCCCGCAUAAUGAUAUGAUCCGCACCGUCGUCGCACGUCGUCGCCACGCGUCAUGCAAGGAAAAAGCAACAAAACAGUACACCAAUUUACAACAGAAUUGUAUGCUAUUAUAGGAAGUAAAAUUAAUCUAACUUGAAGUUCGAUGCCAAAUUCGAUGGUUUGCCGAGAAAUAAUAAGCCACAUAUAUAAUAUAUAUAAAAAAUAGUCACGCCGUCUGU